AUGGAUGUCAAUGAUAUGAUUGCAAAUCUCAAGAGGGAACUCACCUGUUCCAUUUGCUUGGAUUACUUCACCAAGCCAGUGACUGUUGACUGUGGGCACAGUUUUUGCAAAGAGUGCCUCUUCCAGAGCUGGGAAGGAACCCAUGCACCAUGGGCCUGUCCAAUGUGCAGGGGAACCAUUCAGUCCAGAGACUUAGAGACCAGUAAGUGCCUAGAGGAUCUAGUGAUCAUUACUAAACAGUUCAGACCUCAUUUAUCAAAUUACAUCAAUUGCCAGACCAUCUGUGAUCAGCACCUAGCAAUUCAGAAGCUGUUCUGUGAGGAUGACCAGAAGCUGCUUUGUGUGUCCUGCUUACUCUCCCAAGAACACAAAGCUCACAGUGUGUAUCUCAUAGAGGAGUAUGCUGAGAACUGCAAGGCGAAACUCUGUGAAGCCCUUAGUAGUUUGCUGGGGAAAGCGAAAGAGGCUCAAUUUUUAUUGGACCAGGAGAGAAGGAGAGUGGUGCAGUGUAACAUGGAAGCACAGAUACUGAAGCAGAUCAUCAUACCAGAAUACAUCAAAACGCACCCUUUCUUGACGAAGAAUCACCAAGUAGAGGUACAAAAGCUGGACAAGGAAAAAAGAAAGAAUGUGAAGAAAUUAAUGGAGACAGAGGCCAGAUUUUCCCAAUAUAUCCAAAACCUACAAAAGAUGACUGAUGAGUUAGAGAAGAAUUUUGAGAGGCCAGUCACGGAGAUGCUCCUGGACAUAAGAAGCAUAUUGGAAAGGAGUGAGGUGCUGUUGUUUCAAUGUCCAGAGCCUGCUGCUCUACCUUGGACUGAUUGUGGAAUGAGGGAAAUACUAUUGACCUUCCAAAGGGAUAUUACUCUGGAUCCCAAGACAGCAAAGUCCAAUGUUAUCCUCUCUGAAGAUCUGAAGAGUGUGAAGCUUGCCAGUGCCCACGCUGAACAAGCUAUUUCUGUGUUGGGUGCUCAGAGCUUCACCUCGGAGAGCCACUAUUGGGAGGUGGAGGUGGAAGGCAAGAGUGAGUGGGAAGUGGGGAUCUAUAAGGAAUCAUUAAGCAAGAAAGGGAAGUUCCCUGGGGAUGUACUCUCCCUCAUGUGCCUCAGAAUGGAAGAGGAUUUCAUUCUCUGGAUCCCCCAUACCAUGGAAAGCAUCCAUUCAAGAGUGCCUGUGCACAAGCUAGGUAUUUUCCUCCAAUAUGAUUGUGGACAUAUAUCAUUUUACAAUGUCACAGAUAACCACCUUAUCUACAGUUUCCCCCCUUUUAUCUUCCAAGGUCCUCUCUGGCCUUUCUUUUCUCCUGGCUUUCCAAAUGAAGAGAACAAUCCCAGUUCUCUUACUAUCUGUCCACUGAGUACCCAUUGCUGA